AUGUACGACCUUGGAGAUGGAACCAGAUUUGGUGGUGUCGCUCUUCGAAGCAGCGGUUGCUCUCUUCGGAGCUCCAACCUUGAAUCUUCCACUAGCUCCACUUCCAGAGACUUUGUCGACUUCGCAGUUUUCGGUGCUGAUGGUUUUCGAGUCGCUUUGGCAGAUACCGCGACUUUGGAUCUCGCCGCUUUGAUGGAGACAGUUGGAGGAUCAGCAACAUCGGCCAUUAUAGCGUGA